CGAUGGUUUCUAUUAAUUAGGUAAAUGCAAAAUUCAUUGCUAACAAUUAAUUUUCAUGCGACAGUUGAUGAGCAGUUAAAAUUUGAUUAAAUUAACAGUAUUGAAUUAACAAUAAUUCAAUUUUGCACCAAAUAUUCGUCAAAUAAUUAAAUUGAUGAAUGAACAAAAAUGGCCGCAUCUAGAACACAUCCCAGUGAAGAGACACAGAAAUUGUUAAACAGAUACAUCAGCUGUGGAGAGUACCUUGUGAAGAUCAGUCAGGAGCUUUGUGAGGUGCCAGGAGCAGCAAAGCUGGAGAGGAAAUGUCUGGCUGAGCUGAAAUACCUUAAAUCUUUGUCAAGGCGACGUGGUGGUUAUGACGUCACUCACCUACGCAGCAGCAACAUCAACCACUAUGCAGGUGUUUUGCAUGCAGCUAAAUCUCUACCGCAGGUUACACACCUUUUGCAAGCUUUCAGAUGCCCUGAACGGUCUGAAGCCUUACACGUCGACGUAGUGGGUGCCCAAGGCCAUCUAUGGAUAAAAGUCAUUGCAAGAAAAGCGCAAGCUCUGCAUCUCGUCUGGGCUGGACAAGGUCAAUUUGGUGAGCGAGAUAUUGUUGACCAAGGUUUGGAUUACAUAGCGGCGUCGAAGGUUCAUCCGGUAGACUUUACGGACCCGAUUAUUGUUUUUGCUUUCUAUGGUGGGGUGACAUCUACAUUAGCGGAAAAAAUACGCGAUCUUGGUAUUGUAGUCAUAGGACAUAGCGUUCCUUUAGACGAUGCAGUUGUAACGAAAAUAGCAAGUUUAAGUUUUUUGGGUGACGAAAGCGAUGAAGGGGAUGUCGAGUGGGACCAUUUUGUUCAAGGUUUCCUUUACGAGUCUGAAAGUUCAGUUUCAAUGCCUCAAUCUGAUUACCAGGAUGCGUUUGAAGCUAGGCUAGACAGCGUGUAUCUGAGUUAUUCGGAUGAUAGUGAAGGCCUCGCAAUCGGAAUCGAAAACGCCGCCGAGACACUUGAUAGUGUCGAUGCACGGAUAGCUAAUAGCGAUGGUGAAAAAGAACCGGUACUAAAAUCUGUAUAUAGAACCGGUUGUGUUGUAAAUGAAUCUCGAUUUGAGAAGCGGCUGGCAACGGAGUAUCUUCGUCCUGUGGGUGACGACGAAGACGAACAGCUGUUGUUAGUUGGUGAGCAAUCCAUUGUACAAAUGCGAAACGAUAUAUCCGGUGAUGGUAAAUGCACCGCUGUUACUUCAUGUACAUCUUCCGGCUGCGUUGAUUCGAUCGUUCAAAGCAAGCUUGGUUUGAGAAUAAAAACAUCCCCUCUAACCUUAAGUGAGAGAACGGAUUUCUUUGAUCCUUGUGAAGAAAAGCAGCAAGCCGAUAUGACAAUAUGUUCUCAUCUGCACAAUACAAGCACAAACAUCGAACAUUCAACAACCAAUCGAACAUUACUUAUGGAAAACAGCGAUGGCAUUAAAUCAGGCAAAAGUAAUAAUGAUGUGACCAUGGUCAAGGGGCGAAACCAAUUACAAACUAUUGAUCUGGCAACCACACAAAAGGAAUACAACUCUGAUGAAAUCGUCUCUGGGGAUAUUAAUACUUGCCAAAGUAUUAGAGAAAGUAAUCCGAAUUCUGAGCUCGGCUACAAUAUGUUGCUAAGUAAAUUAAGCAGCAGAAGCCAAUUUUCAUCGGAAACUAAUAUGGACGUGGAGCCGCAACAAGAUGUAAAAUGUAGACGUUAUGCAAAUAUUGGGAAAUGGAAUUUCCCGGAUCAAACGAUUCAAGUUUUCAUCGAGAAUGAGAUUCUGGGGAACACGUUAAUAAAUUAUGCCGAUUUAGACUCUGUACUUGAGAAAAGUACUUUUGAGUCGAUCAACAGUAAUCCAAGAGUGAACCUAGAUGUAACAACACUAAUAACAUUGGUUUCCUCGGUUGCUAAUGGCAACUGUUUCUUCAAAUUUCACGAAAAGAUACUUGCACAACAAGCCGAAGAUGAAAGGGAUAAUCCUGUUCUGCCCACUUUAAAAGAUUUCCUCGAAGGAAAACAAAUGUUUAGUUGUAAGACUGCGGUCGACAGUUUCAUGCACAUUCUGGAUACGCUGGGCGGACCUGGAGAACGCCUGCGAGCAGAGACUUUGUUGCCGACGAUAACCGUCGUCCCUGACGACCCAUCAUUUCGAACGACUUCAAUGCCAAUUACCGGGAAGAUUAAGGAUAGGUCUAAGAUCAUAUUCGGCACAGGUGAUAGCCUUCGUGCAGUGACGGUAACUGCGAACUCCGGCUUCGUACGCGCCGCAAAUCAUCAGGGAGUGAUGUUGUCCGUGUUUCUUCAUGCCUCGCGGGCGCUCACAGAGCGACGGGAAGAAAGCGCGGAGAGAAUCGAAAAAUGACGCGAAAGAAGGCAGUAGUAGUCAAUUUGAUUGAAUAACAGUAUUUAAUGUUAUGUAUGUGGAGUACCGGUAUUACAAUGCACGUGACACUUGUAUGUUAAUUGAUACUGAAAGAUAAAAAUAUGUGCAUCGAUUUCAAUGAAUAGCAAAGCAUUCAAUUAUGCAGUGGUUAUUGACAGUUUUGCAAUUUUAGGUUAUUGGCUCUAGAAAAUUUACAUUAAUAAUAGCUCCAUAUGUUUCCACAUCAAGGCGCCAGAUCAUUUGAUUCGUUAAUAUAAAAAGGCCGACGAAACAAUGCAUUGUUUUUGUGGUUUUAGUUUUGUUGGCCCGUCACUUUGUUUUGUUCGGGUUUUGGAAAUGGAUUGCGAUAAAGUAUAAAUUACUUUGUAUGUAUUUUAAUUUAAAAUGUGCGUAACAUUUCAAUUUGUUCUUUUUUUAUAAUUGUAAGCAAACCUAUGCGGCAAUUGUUUCAACUAAUUUAUGUAUGAUUGAUAUAUGUUUUUUACCGUGUAAUAUGUUUAACGUAAGUGCCAGUAAUCGUAAAACAAUUCAUAAUUUGGGAAUUACUUACGGCUUGCACUUGUAAUGCUAUUAAAUAACUAAAUCAUUGAAUAUAACAACUAAUAUGUAAAAUACAACACCUUACAAAUGUAUAUGCAUGGUUAAUUAAAUGCUUAACAUUUCGUCAAAUGUUCAUAUUAAGACUAAUGCAUUCAGAAAAGCUCUGUUUUAAUGUUCAAAGUAACCAUAUUAUUGCAUUGGAAUGCAAGUUUUCACCUUGCAACGAAACCUAGUUUAAGCUUAUGUUAAAGGUAAUUUAUGCAUAACUCAUAACAAGUUAUUGAUGUGUGUGUUUUGUGUAUUCGAAUUUUUAUGUCCCCCAGUCUAUACUAGGGGACAUAUUUUUUACCCUGUCUGUUUGUUGCUUUGCGUCAAACUUUAACAUCGGCCAUAGCUUUGGCAAUGUUAAAGAUAGCAACUUGAUAUUUGGCAUGCAUGUGUAUCUCAUGGAGCUGCACAUUUUGAGUGUUGAAAGGUCAGGGUCAUCCUUGAAGGUCAAAGGUCAAAUUUAUGCGGCGGGGAUAUAGUGUUUCACAAACACAUCUUGUUAAUUAUAUAAUGGUUGAUAUCAAUGAACGUUAUUUUUGUUUUAUUUUUAUUUAACUAAAUGGGAAGCAACAUGUGCGAUUGAGGUUCCGAAGGCAUGCAUGCUAUGUUUUGUGUAAACGAUGCCGCUUUAAACGGACGGUAUUGUUAAUUAUGGUUAACGUUUAUGAUGUAUCUACUUAUUGCUUCUCAGCGUUAUUAUGUUUAAGUUCUUACUAAAGCUUAUUGGAACAACUACCUCGGAACAUAACUCCGAUAUAGUUUUCUAAAAACAUUUUAAUGCUGUUACAUUAAAGAGCAAAAAAAAACACGCUACUUGAACAUGCAGUGUUUGUGUUUUACUGAAGGUCUGUAUGCAAUUAUAUAUGAGCUGAUUAUUUCUCUCGUGAUAAAUGAAGCAAAUGAA